AUGGAGGACGAAGCCCUCGUAGCCGCCUUCAUGAAGGCCACCGGGUGCGGCCGCGAGGACGCCUUCAACUGCCUCCCCAGCUGCGGCGGUCACCACGGCAGGGCCGUCAACAGCUUCUUCUCCAUCGACGCAGGACCGUCCGGGACCGGCAGUCGUUCUCGUUCCCCACCGCCGUCGCGGCCACAGGUUUCCGUUUCCGACUCCUCGUCGUCGUGGGAGGAGGAGGAUGCGGAUGCGGUGCGCGCUCGGCCGCCGGUCCCAGCCCGCCGUACCAGCAGGGUAUCUAGGUGGGACAGCGAGACCAGAGUCGUUGGGAGGAGCAGGAGCAGCCGCCGUCGUGAACGCCGCCGCCGCCGCCGCUGCCGCUGCCGCGGCAACCGGUCCCGUGGAAGUGGCAGCGGCGGCACCCCUGGUGGUGACAGGGAGGCCAGGGAGGCGGAUGGCAACCGCAGCCGUCGCCGGCGCUUCCGUGAAUUCCGUGAAGAUAUCUUCUCUGAUGGCGAGGAGGAGGAGGAUGAGGAAACUAACAACAGCCGCCGUCGCCGGCUCAAUCCCACAGAGCCCACUUCUGAAGGCGAGACGAAGAAAGCCGACGACAACAACAGCCGCCACCGCUUCCGUGAGGUUGUCACCAUCUCCUCCUCCGACGACGACAACAACAUGCUGGAGGAGUUGGAAGAGGCGGCCCGGCCGGCGCCGCCGCCGCCGCCGUCGCGGAACAGGACGUUCGAGGAGCUGUUCAAGGUGCCGCACUCGCUGACGUACAAAGGCGGGUUCCACGCCGCGAAGAGCUUCGAGGUUCCGCUGCCGUCGCUGCACCAGAACCGCGACGUGUGGGGGAACGCCCUGGUGGCGCGGUGCGUCAGGGACCGCUUCGUGCUCUGGCAGGCCGACGCCAACGCCGCCGCGGACGACGACGACGACGACGGCCAGGGGGAGGGGGAGGAGGCCAAGAAGGUGCUCGGGUACAACAACAUCCCGCACGACAAGCUCCCCGUCGUGGUGGUCGUCGACCCGGUCACCGGGCAGGCCAUGGACGUGCUGCACGGCUGCGCCGCCUGCGAGCUCAACGACUUCAUGGUGCGCCUGGGACCCUUCACGGAGACGAAGCCGACUCGACAAGAACAGGCACCGACGACGACAACGGUGACGACAGAGCCGGCCGUGGCAGGUCAGCCGCAGCCGGAGUCGUUGGAGGAGAAGGUCUGCAAGGUGAGGGUCCGGCUCGCCGAUGGCCGUGUGGUUACGAAGGAGUUUGGGAGCCAGUGCGCGGUGGCUGCGCUCUUUGCGUACUGCCUGUCAAUGCUGGGUGCAGGAGGAGCGCCGCCGGAGAAGCCGUUCCGGUUGCUGCGCUUCGUCGGCCGGGCGACGGAGGAAAUCUGUGACCAGAACGCCUCGUUCGAGAGCUUGGGCCUUCACUUGACAACUGUGUCUGUUCACCUUGGCUAA